CGAUGUUCCGGCGCCGCUGUGCCGCGCUCUCCAUCGGCACGUUGCCCGUGUUGCCACGUGGGGUACAAAGCGCUUGCGGCAGAGUCUCGACAGAAUCAGGUUCACCAUCACCUCCAGCAGGUUUAGCUGGCGCAACGGACGCGGACGACCUUUACUGCGCUGUGACUGGGGUAAAAAGGACAAGUUCUCGUAGGUAGAGCCUGGGCCUGCGGUUGCGACUGGCGUUCGCUGAGGCUGGCCAGCUCAUUGUCAGCAGCUCUUGGAGUCUAAGGACGGAGGGGACGUUGUCUUUGAUUUGCAUUUCCGCGAAGCUUAAAGGCGAUCGCGCACGGCAGCUGCAACCAUGAUGGGCGAAAGCGUGGCCGAGUGGCCUCUCUGCAUGCGGAUCGUGCUGUCUCCGCUCCUCCUCCUGUGGUUCGGCACGAGAGUCUACGUCUUGCCCUGCAUCGGGGUGGCGAUGCAAAGGAUGCUCAGGUGCUGCUGCCGCGGCUUCUUGCGGCACGUGUGCUGCGGGUGUGGACUUACCUUCACGGAUACGAGCUUCCCUGCCACGGACAAGUCGAUCGGGAAGGAGCUGACCCACAAGUUUAAGGCGGCUGGCGGCGGGGUGGAGUGGAAGCGUGCUGACCUGAUAAAGGCCCGCGAUGAUGACGAGCCGUUUCACCUCUUCAACAAGGGCGUUAAGGCCGAAGACGUCAAGCAGGGGGCUCUGGGCGACUGCUGGCUGGUUGCUGCGAUGGCGACCCUGGCCGGCACCAUGCCUGGCGCCAUCAAGAAGCUCUUUGGCAACAGCGAACGCUCCUACAGGGGCAAGUACAAGGUGCGCCUCUUCGACAUCACGCAGGACAGGUGGAGGACCAUCACGGUAGACGACAACAUCCCGACCAGGCACGGAAAUCCCAUCUUCGCAAAGCCCAACGGGAAGGAGCUGUGGGUCGUACUCCUCGAGAAGGCCGUCGCCAAGUUCUGCGGCAGCUACUCGAACAUCGCCGGAGGGUUCGAGGCCUGGGGGCUCAAGGUUCUGACGGGGAACCACGUGUGGACGUUCAGGCGCUUGAAAUCGGCUCGACCGGGAAAGCCUGGUCAGUGGAGGCGUUACGAGUUUCUGUUCAAGCCCUCCGCGGACAACAAGCGCGACGCCUCCAGCGUCGGCACCGAGGAGGUCCACGAGAGCGACAAGUUUUGGGGGGUGCUGCUGACGUACGCGCAAGGUCGCAAGGGCGCCAUGUGCUGCAGCAUCACGGGCCCCGUGUCGGAGAGAGUGCGCAAGGACGGGUUAAUCGAGAACCACGCGUACUCCAUCAUGAGGGCCAUCGACAUGCACGGGGAGCAGCUCAUUCAGAUUCGCAACCCGUGGGGCAAGAAGGGGGAGUGGAAGGGGCGCUGGGCGGACGGCACAUCGGAGUGGAAGACUUCCCCGCUCAUCAGUGUCGCCGUGGGGCACGAGAACAACGACAACGACGGUACAUUCUGGAUGUGCUGGGAAGACUUCCGUGAGGUAUGGAUGGAGAUCACAAUCUGCUCGCGCAGCACCGACGCCUCGGACCUCGCCCUCGACGUUCACGAAGACCUGGGGUGCCCCGGCCCGUGCGUCGGUUGCCUGGGCGGAUGCUUUGGGUACUGGUGCCUCUGCCGGGGGUGCAAGCACGUCAUCUGCCCCACGAAGAGCAAGGAGACCACCCGCAAGGGGAGGAAGUGCACCGGCCUCAUCUGCUGCGUCUGAUUGGCCCGGGAGAGAGGGUCUGAUUGGCGUGGGAGAUGGCAUCUGAUUGGCCGGGGAAAGAGAGAGCGUCGGUACUGCUUCUGAUUGGCCCAGGAGAGGGCGUCGUCGCUUCUUCUAUUGGCGAUGGCGCAGGAGGGAGCGUCAUCGCUGCCUCUGAUUGGCCCUGGAGAAAUCGUCUGAUUGGCCCGGAGAGAGCGUCAUCACCGCGUCUGAUUGACCAGGGAGAGAGCGUCGUCGCUGCGUCUGAUUUGCCCGGGUGGACAUGUCAUCUAGGAUUUUAUAUCUGUGUCCCCGUUUGUUGUUAGGCACUACUUAAGGAUGUCCGGCUGGGUCCCACUCCCAACAGCGGUGUGCCGCGAGGUUUAGUAUCGUCCCUGGCGUCCAGAGUAGUUGGAAGUGGGAUGGGAAGUAGAUAGGACGACUGUUAUUUUCGGAGGUUAAUUAGUGUUGAGGAGGCAAUAAGUUGCACGUGUCAGUUUGCGCGCCGCUCGCCGUACGUUGCCCGUGAUCAAGACUAUGCAUACAAAUAAACUGGUUUGUGUCUUGCAAGGUGGCAAGGACUUGGCCGAAUGACAUGAUACCGUGUAUGAAAUGAAUAGCUGGCACAUAUGCAUAUGAAUCGUGUCGUUGCGUUAUCGUGUUUGUGGCAGUAGUGCCGGUAUGUAGCGUUUGUCCUUCCCUUGAUCGUCAUCGUGUGGUUGUAUAGUUGGUAGCAUCUCGUCGGUCUCGAUAGCUGUAUGUUUUUGUCUAAGUUCUCUGUUUUUGAUGGCCAUGCUUGCGGCGAUUUUUUUUUUUUUGCUUCAUCCGAGAUGGGGAGGCAACGAGAGCAGAUCUUCAUUUGUUGCUGCUGCUCUUUCGAUGUGGUUUUGUCCCUCCGCUUUAGCCAGGGAUGCGUGUCAGCCGGACUGCUUUCUUGCUGGAUCGGCUUUUUGUGCUGUGCCCUAUUCUGAUUUCUGGUCGUGGCAAUUUGGUCACCAACACGCAAACCACACAUUCGCCAAAAUAGUGUCAAUCGUAUGUAAUUUAAUCAAUGUUUUUUGCGUCGGGUCGGCGGAUAUUUUGGGGCAGGCUUGUAGGUAUUUGGAUCAGGUCUCCCCACGACGUUUCGGCGUCUGGCCAAGCUUUUGAGGAUUUAUGCGAUGUGUCAGCACGAGAAAUCCAAACGGACUUCUCCCCUCGUAGCUGAUCUGCUGGGUGCUUCUUGGACGGGAUGCUGCCCACUUGGAUAAGUACAAAUUUAUCCGUAUACCGGUU